UGUGACAGAGCCACCUGCAGCGCGUACAGUCUACCAAAUGUCAGAGCUGAACUCAUCGCCGCACUGAGAACAUCACAUACCAAUCGCUGGCGAGGGAGGUGCAACGGCACUUAAAAAGAGGGUUUGUUUGAUAAAUAUUCAACAUUUCCACCUGACGCCGGAUCACUGAACACAUAGGGACACUCAGCACUCAACAACAGAUUUUUUCAGACGUGUGACUGAAAUGAGGAACUUAAUUCAAUCUGUCCUCCUUCUCAUCAUUGUGUUCAAGUCAGCAGCAGGGGCAUAUGAAGUGAGAUAUUUCCAGGUGGGAGGGACAGUUAAACUUCCGCUUCCAGCGGGCGUUGAUUUAAAACAACAUUAUGUGUACUGGAAGUUGGAGGGUGGCCCUGAACUUGCGGUGCAAAAUCCACUGGGGAGAAAGAGCACCUCUGAAGACGAACCCUGGAAGAACAGGUUGUCCUGGACUGAUGGCAACGAACUGAUGAUCAAAAAUAUUCAACAAGAAAACUUUGGGACUUUUGUCUGUGAAGUGAAACGGAUGAAUGAAGUCAUUCACACCAUCACAUAUAAACUACUCAGACUUACUGCAACUGUGAAACCGUCCACUCUGCUGCUGCCUAGGAGCAUUCUGUCUCUGACCUGCAAUGCAGAGACUCUUCAGGGUCACAAGAAUCCUCAGAUCCACUGGCUGAAUCCCCGCGGAGAGAGAGAACGUAACCAACAAUCAUUCACUAAGAUAGCCACAAGCCAAGACAAUGGCAAGUGGAUAUGUGUUGCAACACAUAAUCAAAUAGAGAACAAGGCAUAUGUUGCUGUUACAGUUGUGGACCUUUCCCCACCUGUUUCACAAAGUCAGUACACAUCUAAAUCGCGGCCUCUCACCAUCCCCUGUUCCAUUCCUGCUCACAUCUCCUGGGGACAAAUCAAUGAUACGGGUAUCAAGGAAGUUCACUGGCACUUCAUCCCUAAACCGGGCUCCAGUCCACAGAGGCUCUUCUCCCUCUCUGUGGGGAAUCCGAUGACCUGGAAGGCAGACCAAGACAGAGGACUGCGUCCUGUAUCAGAGCCGAAAAAAGGGGAUCUGUCUUUGAUCAAAAAUCGAGGGACGGAAGAAGAUGAAGGAGACUACGUCUGCGCCCUGGAAUUUAAAAAUGGCGUGAUUCUGAACAGGACUGUGCACGUACAGGUGUUGCGACUCACCUCCUCCCCAGGAACAGAGUUGAUUUCUGGCCAGCAGCUCAACCUGACGUGCGGCCUCGGCCAGCCACUGACCUCUGACCUGCGUCUGAAAUGGUUCCCACCUGAACAAUCGUCCUUGUUGUCGUCUCUGACAUUUGACCGUCACCCCGCCCAUCUCACCAUCCCGGAAGUGGGCACAGGAGAUAGCGGAAAGUGGAGGUGUGAGCUGUGGCGGAGCAACGCACGGGUGACGUUGGCUGAGAUAACGCUGAAGAUCGAACCCAGACUGAGUGCGUGGAUGCUGGUGGUCAUAUGCAGUGUCACAGUCAUCGUACUCCUCCUCCUGGUCCUCAUUUUCAUCCUUUGCCGACGCAGACAACGGAAGAUGAGACACCUCAGGCAUCGACUCUGCCAAUGCAAAACCCCGAAGCCGAAAGGAUUCUACAGAACAUAAUAUCACCUGCCAAGACAUUUUCAAGAGGACAUGGCAGCCAAUUGAAUUUCUGUCCAGAAAAGAUGGAUUUUUCUGUCAAAUCUACUAAACUGUGAACCUCUGUUAGGUGUUAGAUGAGGGUCUAAAAGUUUAAAACAAAGUUCUGUUCGAAGACUGUGUCGUCACAAAAAAUGUAUUCUACAGUUGUACAUAUAUAUUAUAUAUAUCAGCCAUUUUGAGAUUGUUUUCAUUUUUGUAAUAGGGACUUCUCUAUGAAACAGAACGUCUCUGUUCCAUUGAAUUAUCAUUUUAACAAUAUUGUUUGUGAUAAUUGCUGUCAAUAGUUGUUUAUGUUAUACUCUGUUUUACUCACUUUGCUUCUAGAUUUGUCUUGAUAUGUAAUAUAUAUUUUUACAAUGCUCUUUUAUACUGCACUGACAGGCUUGGUUAUUUGCUUUUAUACAUAUUUACAAGUAUAUUACUUCAAAGUUGAUGCCAAAUACACAAAUAAGGACACUUUAUUGAUUUAAUCAAAACAGGACAUUUUUUGGCAGAGAAUGUUUUUAUUUGUCAAUCAAAUUGUAAAGAGUAAUGAUGCUUUGCCACUGCAGUUUCCCAAUAAAGUAUCAGUAACUUUUACAGUGGAGUGGUGGUCCUGCAGAGGUGUGCUGGGGCUCACUUUAACGGGG